GUGAAAGCAUGCAGCUCAGCUUUACACAAAGCCUGUCGUUCAUGCUUCGUUCGGUUGUAUUUCCCUCUCCUUGUCCAUUUGAAGAGCAUUUACACAAGUAAACAUGUCUUCAGUGAAGGUUAUGCUUGUAGUUUAUCUCUUCAUCCCUGCUGUGAGGCCCAAUUCAGGUUUGCUUAAAGUGGAAUGCCUACCUGCAGUUGGAAUUCUUGCUCAGACCACAGUUAUCAGAUGCGUUUUCAAAAACGUCAAAGAUAUUGACUUACUUGGAGUUUAUUUAACAAAAACUGGACAGAACAAGCCAAUUUUUAGUCAAGACGGUUCAAAAAGUUCAGGAGAUCCACGCUUCAGUCUUGAAAACUUAGCAGUGGGUCCAUCUCUGCAAAUCUCUGACACAAUGUUUUCUGAUGAGGGCAAAUAUCAGUACCGUGUUGUAACGGACAGUGGUGUUGAAGAAAUACAACUUAGCAUCAGUGUCAGAGCAAAGUACAAGGAUCCUGUCACAAGCACAUGGCCUAAAAAUGUAACCGAUGGAGGACCUGCCAGCCUUUAUUGCAAUGCUACUGAUGGAUACCCAGAAGGCUUCAUCCAUUGGUUUGACCGUUCUGGAACCAACUGGACCAUAAAUUCAGAGCUGACAAAAAUCCCAGCGGGUGUAAAAUCUGUGGCUUUGUCUAGCAAACUGACUUUCAAGUCUAUCAACUUGGGCCUGGCACCAUUUAGAUGCAUCGUCUUUAAUAGCAAAUAUGUACAAGAUGGAGAAAACACACUGGAGAUCAUAUCUGCUAGAAGUGAUGUUAACAAGGAUUCUUCCAGAUCUAAUGCAACAAACAUUGUCGCUGGUGUGAUGGUCAUUGGAUCGCUUAUUGUCGGCCUGCUGUUUUCUCUGUUGUGUUUCAGAAAAAGAAAUGCUCAUCAUAAGGAUACCUUUAACAAUCAUUCUAAGGAUGGUAGACGAACUUCUGCCCAUCCUAUUCUAAGCUAUGAAACAGGAAGGGGUGAUGAAGAUGAUGUGGAAAACGGUGACAGCAGUCCCUGAGAAGCAUCAGUAGAUGAAAUUGAAACUAUAAGCCCUGAUUUUCAUACUGAAGUCAGCAGCCAUUUGACUGAAACAAAAGUGAAGCCAUAAGGAAAAUGGCAGCUGUUGCAAUAAUGACAGACUAAACAAUCAGUUCUCCUUAUAUUUACAAUCAAAUGUGGGUUUAGAGAUAAUGUACACCAAUAACUGUCAAAUUUAUUACUACAUUAAUGUAAACACAGAGUUUUAUUAAAGAGGUUCUUGGAGGUUUGCUGAAAAUUAUAGGAAAGAUUUUUUGUAAUUUUUUUUAUGGCUGUCAAGGUUAAUGUAAAAUUGGUUAAAUAUGUCAAUGACUUUAUAACAGUAACCAGCUUAUACAAACAAUAAAAAGCAAUGUUAUUACGGUUUCCUUUUUGUUCUGCUUUCUUAAACCUGGUCAGAAAUCAAAUCAUUAUUCUAGGAAUAAUAUACAAAUCUAAAUCUAGUUUUGUAAAAACUGUUUUGUAUCCAUCUAUGUCUCCUCACCACAGUCACUUUUGGCUUUACUCACAGGGUUUUUUGGUAAUAUUUUUCAGUAAAGCAUCUUAGUAACAAUAUUAAUGCUUAUUCAGUAAGCCUUAUACAAAUAUAUUUGAAUUAAAUUUAGUUUCUCAGCUUUAUACAUUAAACAUACAUAAUGUUACUGCAAAAAAUAUAUAUAAUUCACAUAAAAUUGUAUGUAAUUGUGUCUGUACUGCUGCCAUUGUAUCACUGGUCACUAACGCUUCACCUCAAUGAUAAUUCAACUUUCAUUUUCAGAUUGAUGUAUUCAUUUAAAAGUGAAGUGAAUGAUGCAUGAUUUGUAAUGUGGAGAUUUUUCAGCAAGUACAGCAACUAUGAAUGAAACUGUGUACCAAUAAGAGGAGUAGUUUCUGUUAAUACAAGGAAUGCUGUGGUUUUGAAGUAGGAGGGGUCAGGAUUAAGGAUGUGUGUGUUUUCUCUCCUGAUUUGGAAUAAAAUAUGAAAGAUAUGCCUGUUUGUAAAAUAGUCUGCAGAGAGGCCUUGAAUCUUUAAGCACUUUUGUAUUUCUUGUUUUGU